GUCAGUGUGUACGGCCCUGGAUCUGGCCUCUUAUUUCUUUCCUUAUGCUUCCAUUUUUUUUUUUGGUGGCGGGAAAGACGACAUGUUGUCACCUUCAUGUCGCCACACUGUGCUGUCACAGUUUGUACAAACGGUCCGGUACACACGGUACAGCCAGGGUAACUCCCGCCGGCCGCGGGCUCCGGUGUCUCGGUGCUGCCUUCACCGUUCAAACCCUCCGUUACUCGGCCGAGGUUAAAGUGGGAAGAGCGGAAGGAGGAGGGAGGAGGAGGAGGAAGAGGAAGAUCCUGCCUUCCGUCAGACGGAGUUCAGACACUUUGAGGAAACUUUGUUUUACCAACCUUUCUGUGAUGUUUGUGUAAAAAGCUCCGCAGCCUCGCGCCGCGGUCAGGACACACAGCGAGGCCGGCGGGCUGCAGCAAACGGCGGGGUGACAUGUCGGAGGGAUCCGGGGCUCCGGGGCCGUCUGGAUGUGACUGAAGACAGGAGGAUGGAGGAAGAGAAAGAGACGUCCGAGGAGAAGGAGGAGGAGGAGGAGGAAGAAGAAGAGCUUCAUCAUCAUCAUCACAUCGCAGCAGCAGCGGCAGCGUCCUCCGUGGACUACCAGGGCCUUCCCAUCAUGCACUGGGAGGACCUGAGCCAGCGGAUAGCAGAGCUGGAGAAACAGGAGCAGGAGAGGAGGGAGAGGUCAAAGAGGGGGACGGGGCUGAGGAUGGAGGACGGUCGGGGGGGAGUGUGGAGAGACGUGUGGGAGGAAGAGGACGAAGACUUCAGGAGGUGUCGAGUCUCCGUCGUCACGUCACGAUUUCACAACCACAGAAACCUGCAGCUGUGCUUCAUCAACAACAGCGACAGCGAAGACGACGACGAAGGAGCCAACAAAAAGGUUUCCAUGGGAACGGGGCACAACGGUUGCCAUGCCACCGGGCUGAAACAGGAAGUGGCCACGGCUCUGAGGACACUGCGAGACAAACUGCUGGCUGAACAGAGAGAGAAGGAGCGUCUGGCCGGCAGCAGCUGUGUCACUGAGAGGAAACAUCUGGAGCACUGGGAGCUGCAGGAGCGUUCAGUGCAGCAGCUCAACAGCCUGAAAGCAUCACUGCAACAGGAAGUCCACGCCCUGAGCUCGGAGCUGGUGGCCCACCUGUUGGUACGAGACCAGCUGAGGACGAAGCAGGACGCCAUGCUGCUGGAUGUCCAGGACCUGACCUAACACCGUGACCACAGACUUGGGCAUUGUGGGACCAAGCUGGACCGCUCGUCUACGUCAGCCCAGGUGUCACUAACUUCAACUUAACGUCCGCUGAGCUGCUACUUUAUUUAAAUCUCCAGCGUAGAGGACAAUACGACUGGAUGGUCAGGUUCAAAGGAAACUGAAUCACCUGGAAACCUUAAAGGUGGUACAGCGUCGCUUUGAGGUCGAAUUGACAGACUUCAGACUAACAGACAGGAAGUGAUAUCAUUACACGUCCAAAGGAAAACACGAGUUGGUACACAGCAGCAGGUCUAUAUGUAACGACGAGCAGGUGCAAUCUCGAAAGUCACAGUUUGAACUCAACAAAAGAUCAAAGAUUCCAGUGGAUCAAAGCCAAAUCCAAAUCUCCAAUCAGCUGCAGGCUGGUGAGGACAAACCAGCCAGGGCGACAAGGCCUGUAAAACAUUUGGAGGAAAGACAAACACACGCCAGCUCCUGGAUUCUGUCGUAAUUUCUCCAAAACUUUUGAUCCAUGUCGUGGUUUUUGGACGACCCAUCGAUAAACUCAGGAUCUGUUUUCAAAUUUGGGUCCAGUUUCAGUCGUGUUGUUCCUGGAAACGUCCUGCCUGAUGACACCAGGAUACACAAGAAAGUUAAGCUAAAGAUGAGGGGUAGUAGACAGGGUUUUCAUGCAUGGACUAGCAGAUGACAUUUUCUCGCCCACGAAUAGGAAGCAGAUAAUGGAUGGAUGGUUUUAUAAUGCUAACAAACAAAGAGGGAGUAACAUAAUUCAAAGAUGUGACGGGCUGAUAUAACGUGUUACAGGUUAAAAAACAAUCACUGAACGACUAUCUUAAGUUUUUAAAGAUGGUGGUGCGAUCGAAUCGUGAAUCAUAAGGCCCUGGAAACCUUUUUCCUCCAUCAGCUUCUUGCUAUAAACAACACCAUCACCAUGGGUGCAGAUCUGAUGACAAGUUUGGGGGGGGACACAAUCAGUUGUGAUUUUUUUUUAAUUGCACGUGUGCAAAUCAUGCCCACAGAGCGCUUGAGAUUACCAGCAUAUUUCACAAUUUCAUAGAGGCUCAUCAUCAUCACCAAGUCAUUCAAAAAGCACUACAAAGAGAAUCAUGUGCUUACCUUUACUGUUUAUUUCUCUUAAACAGCCAGUAGUACAUGGAACCAGCCAUCACCCUCCUUUUCACUGCUUCGCUGUUAGUUAAUGCUACUUCUAGUUUCAGGGUCUCAGGCAUGUUAUGUCCACUCAAGUUCUCAUCUCUCGCUUCUCACAGAUUCCCAUUUCUCCUCAUCAUCUUCCCUUCCUCCCAGUAUAUAGGACUACUGUAUACAUUUGUUCAAUUUCAAUCAUUUAAGCUAUUUAGAACUGGGGGGGACAAUUUGUGUUUUUCAGAAUUUGGGGGGGACAUGUCCCCCCCAUCCCCCCCGGGAUCUGCACCCAUGACCAUCACGGACAUAUUUCCUGCUGCAGUUUGUUGAUAUAAUAUUCGAUAAACCGAAAUAUAACAACUCAUUUGACCGAUAAUUGACAUAUCCACUUUUUCCCCGCCUAAUUUUAGUGAUCAUCAAGUCUCCUCUGUAGUGGAAUUAAUAUCAUAUUAUACAUGUAUACUCUUAUGGUGAUGGUCCAGCAGCAGAUGGAGACAUGAAACACCGUUCAGUGUCUGUAAUAUUCAUUCUUUGUGCUAAGUAAGAAACAGCAUGUUGGCUGAUACCGAUAAUGUGCCGAUAUUAUCGUACAUCCCUACAGAAAUUACCUCAAUAUUCCGUCCUGUGUGCUGCAGUCGGCUCCCGAGGAUGGACGGCCUGGGAAGCGGGCAGCUUGCUGGUGGAUUUAAGAAGCGGAGGAUGAAGUUGUUGGAGGGUAAAACUACAAACGAUGAACAUUUUGGCUCGUCAGGGGUUGGUAAGCUAACGACUAUCAGAACUAUCAGAACUGAGCCUCUUGCACUCCACGCCAAUAUCGACUGAUACCGAUGGCGUGCCGAUAUUAUUGUGCAGCCCUUACGUAUAUAUAUAUAUAUAUAUAUAUAUAUAUAUAUAUAUAUAUAUAUAUAUAUAUAUCUAUGUGUGUAGAGAGAGAGAGAGUGACGGAAGAAAAAUUAAGAUGUCAAAGCAGGUUUUCAGGGAUUUAAGAUGGAGACUGUUCUGACGGCCCAAAAUUCAGAAACCUCAUUGAGACCGAGGACCCAUUUCUCAAACAGCCUCUUAUCCCAGAAACAAAUCCCCAUCUUUACGUAGUCUCAUUUCUUCGUACAUGUACGCUGCCUGCAGUUAGACAAGCUAAUUACCAUAAAACAUUUUUUUAGCAUUGUAUGUUUCUGUAAAACAUGAAUACAUUACGUUUGUCAACAGCACCGUGGUUAAUGAGUGGUUAUGUUUAGGCACAAAAACCACCUGGUUAUCUUUAGGAAAAGGUCAUGUUUUGACUUAAAAUACCCACGUUAGGUGGCACAAAAGUUGCUGGAAAAGCAGGGAUGAGUCGGUGGAAAACAAACGGGAUUGUUUGCUCAAACGCUGCUGAGAAACUGAAACCAACUGUUUAUUUUCGGAGAAACUGAACUGGAUAUUUGGUUUUGUUACAAUGGACUGACUGGAGAAAUGCGCUUUUGGUCCAGCGGAACAUUUUAUAAACUAAUGGGGUAGUAAAAAUGAUACAGCAUAGUAUCACAAUAUUUUGCGUGGUAAUAUCGUAUCAUCACACAGUGCCAAGUAUCAGUUUUGUCAUUCUAUAAAUUAUUAACAUUACAAAUAGAAAUUAAACUUUAGGUAUCCUACUCGAGUACAAUAUAAUCAAUUGCUUCAUUAGUCCACUAGAUACAUUUUGCUGCAAAUAUAAUGUCUGAAGUGAGAUGAAGUUUUCUUUUGGAGACAUAAUUUACAGUUAAAAAAAGGUAAUAAAACACAAUGUAUUCUAUCUUAAUACUCAGCAUAUCGCAACAUAUUUAAAAUCACAAUAAUAUUGUACGAUGACUUCAGUAUGGUGACAAUAUCGUAUUGUGGAGUGUGAUUCACACCUCUAUAAAGGGUCGUCAGAACUAUGGGCUGUUGGAACAAUAUCAUGGCACCUUUAACCCUCUGAAACCUGACUCAACAUCAGUUUUCUCGUGCUGCGUUCAGAUGCUUUUCACAAGCUGUUUAACCCCUUGAAACCCGAAAUUGGUUUUAAUUUCUCCAGGAAACAUGGGGAAAAAGGCAAUGAGAAACCUGGCAAGAAAUAUCCAUCAAAAUGCAAGAAAUUACUAAAAGGUUACAAGAAAAUGACCUGAAAAUUAGUUUAGAAAAGGGAAGGAUAAUGAGAAAAUUAUUUACUUAUUUUCAGGUAAUUUUCUUGUUUGUUUGUUUUUUUGUUAGUUUUUUCGCUAAUUUUGGGGCCAUUUCUUGUGGUGCUGCUUGUUGCCUUCACCCCAUGUUUUAAAGACAAAUCAAAACAGUUUGCUCAGAUUUUAAAGGGUUGAAAUACACUUCAGAAACAAUCCUGGUAAAGAAAAAAGGAGGAAAUCUCCAUCAGGUAUGAAACAGAAAACUUCAGACAUGUGGAAACAGGAUGUGGAGUUUAGGAUGAAAAAGCCUUCUUGAGCUACAUGUUGGUGAUGUAGAAAAUGUUGGGAGAUCUUUAUGAGGGUCUGAUAAUUGCUCUUUAGUUUUUAGUUAAAUAAGUUUGUUUUAAAAAUCAUUUUUAUUGAAUUUGAAUGUAGGAGACAAAUAUAUUGUGAAGUUCGUGAAAAUACGAUUUGUUUCUCAGGAAGGACGACCGGCAGCAGGUUUAUUUGUGGAAUUCGAACCAGUCGAGCACUUUGACGGCUCUCAGAUUGGGAGGUCCAAAUGACUAAACAAAAACAUUCUGGCAAUCAACUUUUAUGCAAAGCUCAUAUUCAUAAAUCAUCCAGAUGUAACUUGUUUUGACUUUAAGCCUCAACAUCUGUGUUGUGUUUGUGAGACAGAGGAAGGAUUUGGCUUCUUGGACUGGUGACGUAAAAACAUACGUUUAUAUUCAAAUGAUUCUAACUUAUCUUAUUUAAGUUUUAUUGUGUUUAUAACUUUUGCCUGUUAUUACGAGGGAACAUUACGCUCAUACAGCAUGUGUAGCAAGACAAGCUCAACUUAACUCAUAUAUUGUAUCCUGUUAUUUUUAUGUAAAAAACAAAAACAAACAAAAGGGGAAUUUCACCAACAUUUGUUUUGCUGAAAGAAUUUCAAGGGCAGAAAUUAGAUGGACAUUUAUUUUGAAUUUUGAUGUAUGUCGUUACUCAGACACUCCUCUGUAACAUUAAAAAAAAAAAAAAAAACAAUAUAAAGGAAAUAGUUUAUGUUUGAUAAGAGAUGCAGGAACAUGGCCGUCCUUCAGUGUUUAAAGCAAUUUAUGUCACCAAGAUGCCUUUUUAAGAUUAUUUUACAAUUUAUAACAGAUUAAUAUUACCUUAAUGCAUAAGACAAGAUUUUUAUUAUUUUAAUUUUGGUAGCAUGCCUCUCUAACUGACGCUAAACACUUCAGGUACAGUCGGAGAUUAUUAUUGUUUACGCAUAAGAAAUAAAAGGGAAAAACCCACUUAAUAUAGCUGAGUAUAUGUGACGGUGCCUUGUUUUAAUUUUUGUUCUUUUAACCUGAUGUUUACGUCUACACAUAAACAUCAUGAUAUUUUUAUUUUUCUAUUUUUUAAGUUUUAUUCUGACUGCAGUAAUUUACUUUUGGUUUAAGCACCAGCCAAUAAGAACGAUAAGUUUUAAAACAUCCUCUAGUGCCUUACAAAACAUUAUAUUUUGAUACUGAUUCUUAAUAAAGAGCUGAAUGUCAUAUUCAUGGAAGGCAGUGUACUGUCAAUGACGUGUCUUUUUAAUUCGUAUAUAUAUAUAAAUGUAUUUAAAGUCACACUGAAAUGACGUUUUGAGAGUGUCGAAGUAACGAUGUGAUGGAGAAUUCAAAAGAAUUGUAAGAGUAAUAUUUUGUGCUUCUCAUGGUCCUGGAAAAUAUGAACUGAUUGUUUUUCAUUUCAUUGUGACUUUAAGAAUAUUUAGAAAUGUAUUUAAAAAUGUAAAUAAAAUUAAUUACAUUUUUUAAAAUGUAAAACAAUAAUUCUGAAAUAUAUUUUGAUGGUCUGUAACAGUUA